AUGGCUGCCAGCUCUCCUUGGGAUACUCCCUUUGACGACCUCCCCAAUCCAAAGCAAGUAUGGGUUGGAAAGCCGGGAAGCCGGGAAGAGGGACUGGGCAAGCUUGCCAUCCUGACUCCCGAGGUGGUAGCCAAGGCGGCUGCCUCUGAGAUCAAGACCGGUCAACGAGUUACAAUGAGCUGGGAAUUGACGAAGCUGGACUUUCCAAAUCUGAAUCGACAGCCCUGUAACCAUCGGAUCAUUCCGCUGCUGGGCGGGGUUGCCUUUGAUGAUAUCUAUACCAUGAACCCGCAGCAGAGUAGUCAAUGGGAUGGGCUACGGCACUUCUCCCAGACUGUUCCCGGGCAACCAGAACGUGUGUUCUACGGAGGCACGACGGUUGCGGAGAUCAAUGACCGUAAGAAUGAUCGCAUUGGGAUGCAACACUGGGCGCAGGAGGGAAUCGCAGGGCGUGGAGUCCUGAUCGACUAUGCCACGUGGGCGGAAAAGAAGGGAAUCACAUACACCACCUUCUCGACUCACCAGGUGCGAUUGUCGGAGAUAUUGGAAAUCGCCAAAGAAUGCAACAUUACGUUCCAGAAAGGCGACAUCCUUUUUGUGCGGAUUGGCGUCACCAAGGAAUGGGACACCGCCAUGUCCGAUGUGCAGAAGCAGCAGUAUUCAGACAACCCGAGCCCAGAGCACGCUGGGGUCGAAGCAACCACUGACGUGCUCCGAUGGCUGUGGAACAACGGAUUCGCGGCGAUCGCCAGCGACGCUAUCAGUUGGGAGGUUUAUCCACCACAGAACCCGGAUUUGUUUUUGCACGAGUACGUGCUUGCUGGAUGGGGCAUGCCUAUCGGGGAGCUGUUCAACUUGGAAGCGCUUGCUCGCACUUGCCAAGAGCUCCAGCGCUGGAGUUUCUUCGUGGCCUCUGUGCCUUUGAACAUGCCUGGUGGGGUAUCUUCUCCUCCCAACAUGAUGGCAAUCUUCUAG